AUGGGAAAGAGAAAAUGGACGGGUGGAAAAGCUCGGUCCAAAAGACAAAGAUCCGGCUCUUUGAUAGAGCCUGGCCAGUAUGGAAUAUUUGUCUCAUGCAGUCGUGGAAGAGAGAUGAAGGCGGCCAAGGAGUUUAAGGCAGUACUUUUUGAUAAAUUAGAACAACUCUAUCCGAAUUUUGAGUCUAAUGUCGCAGAUGCUGAUAAAUCAGAAGGUAAGUUAGAAGUUGAAGAUGAAAUAGAAAAGGAGUUAGCAUCAUUGAAGAAAGAAGCCAAGGGGGAUAAUAAGAGGAAGCUUGCUUUGGAAAUUCCAAUCAAUGCAGACUCUCUUUUGUUCUUUCAUAUGCGGAAGCCUGUUGUGCCGUCAGAUUUCGUUGUUAAAUUCUGUGAAUCGCUUAGAAAUUCUAGGAUAAAGAACACCAAAUUCGUGCAACGACUAACACCAAUAGAUCGUUCUUGCAAUGCCAACAUGGAAGAAUUUAUAAAGAUGGCAAAAUUGAAUUUAACUCCAUAUAUACGGCCGGGCAUGACAUACUCGGUUAAUAUGACUCGAAGGGACUUUUCGGUGAUUGAAAGGGAUGAUUUUAUGAAAGAGAUAGCAAAUAUUCUUCCCGGAUGCGAACUACAUUAUAAGAAUGCGGAUAUUAUGAUCCAUGUAUACUGCUUUAAGAAUAAUAUUGGAAUGAGCGUGACAGAUUAUAAGAUAUUCGAGGAAUUGUCGAAAUUCAAUCUUCAGCAGAUAUAUGAAAAGGCUACAGGUAUACAGGAAAACAGAAAGAAUAAACAUAAUUCGGAAGACACUAAAAUUACAGUAAGCACUGAAAAGGAAUAA